AUGCAACCAUCUGUGAAAUCACGAGCUCAAGGUGCUAUCUGGGGCGUCUGCGUCGCCGAUGCCCUCGGCGGUCCAGUUCAAUUCAAAGACCCAGGAACAUUCGAGCCAAUCACGAGCUUGAGAUAUGUCGCUCCUUUCGAACAACCAGCCGGGUCCUAUUCUGACGACGGGUCCAUGACGCUGGCGCUAGCGACCUCGUUUUUCAAAUCCAACAUGCAAUACAACCAUGAGCUGUCAAUCCAACACUACGUCCAAUGGAUGACCGAAGGUCGUUUCAGCACUACCAAUUAUCCAUGGGACAUGGGACGAGCAACCCGCACUGCGCUGAAAAUUUGGAGGAACUUUGGAUUGCGGGAUCUGAGAUUUGGCCAGGCUUCCAUUGACGCACAGCUGGACCGGGAGGAAAGUUCGGGAAAUGGAAGUCUCAUGAGGAUCGUUCCUAUCGGAGUAUGUUACUGGCGAGACGUUGAGAUGGCGAAGAAAUGUGCCAGAGAGCAGAGUCGGGUCACUCAUCCAGCGCUUCCGUGUGUAGAGGCCUGUGAGGCAUAUACGGAGUUGGUGGCUGGGGCCAUGAAUGGCAAGACAAAAGAGCAACUCUUUAAGACGGUUUCUGCUUUCUCGUUCACACACCCUGCUCUCAGACGCCGUAUAUUGCGAUACAGAUCGAUUGACGAUUGGAGGGCGAUGAAUCCCGCUGAUAUGACGAGUAGUGGAUGGGUCGUUGAUACCCUUGAAUGUGCCUUGUGGGGAUUCUUCAAAUAUGACUCGUGGAAGGAGGGUGCCUUAGCUGUCGUCAAUCUGGGUGGUGAUUCCGACACCGCCGGAGCCAUCUACGGUGGCCUUGCAGGGUGUUUCUAUGGGCUUGCAUCCAUCCCCAACGAAUGGGUGAAUGGAAUGCAAAAACAAGGGUUCAUCCGGGGAGUUGCAGAGUGUUUCUCCACGCAACUUGAAGCAGUGUCAAGUACAUAA